AUGGUCAAAAUCGCAAUCGCAGGCGGUGCUGGAAACGUAGGGCAAGAGUGCAUCGAUGCUCUUCUCGCCACGAAGAAGCACGAGAUUGAUGUCCCCGCCGAGACUACCGACUCGCCCGUCAAACUAGUGAAAGCCAACUACGAAGACGUGGCUGAACUGACUAGUCAUCUACAAGGCGUAGACGUAGCACUAUCUUUCAUCGCGCCACUGGACCUGCAACAAGGGGUUACCUUCCAGAAGAAUCUCAUCGAUGCCUCAAUCAGGGCUGGUGUAAAGCGUUUCGUACCCAGCGAAUGGGUCUCAUCCACCUUAGAGCACACGCCGUGGUAUUCGUUCAAGGACACGAUACGCGAAUACCUAGCCGAGAUCAACAAAGACAAAAAAGUCAUCGAGUACACUCUUUUUCAGCCUGGUCUCUUUUCUAACUACUUAACCGUUCCAUACAAGUCAGCCAAACAUCUCACGCCGCUCCGGGUAAUGUACGAUUUCGAGAAUCGUAGGGCCAUCUUGCGAGAAGGCGGAGAUGAUGAUACCAUCGUCUUGACCACGGUACAAGAUCUCGCCGGCGUUGUCGCGCGGGCAAUCGAUUACGAGGGCGAAUGGCCUGUCGUGGGCGGCGUUCGAGGUUCGCGCAUCUCCAUCAAGGAGCUCAUUGCUCUUGGCGAAGAAAUAAGAGGUGGACCCUUUGCCAUCGAAAGACUCUCCAACGAGGACUUGAAAAACGGGAACUGGACUGCCUCCUGGUUACCGAAAUUCGAACAUAAUGCCGUCCCACCGGCGAUGGCUGAGGAGAUGGCAAAGAUGGUACUGAUUGGCUUCACUAAGGCUUUUGGGGCAGGUGCCUUCGAUGUGGGAGAUGAAUGGAACCGAUUGUUGCCCGAUUAUGAGUUCACGGAUAUGAAAGAGCGGCGAAGCGGCGUAAAAUGCAGACCUGGAGAGACCGAGGAGCGUAAUAAUCUCUCGCAACAACCAGAACCAGCACUUAGCGAUACAUACACCGGCAUAUCGCGAGACCUCGUCGCAGCAUGGCCCACAGCCCAAGAUCUCGACUACAUCUGCAAGCUACCUGUCAGCAUCUCCACGCACAUGCACAUGAAAUUAACGACAUCCUCUGCCAACCUGAUGAGUCAGCGCGAGCAUCUCAGUAAAGUCAUGGCUCAUGCCAUGGAUACAGCAACGCGACUGGUGACCUCCAAUGACGAGCUAACCGCCUCUGUUGAGGGCGUCGAAUGCAUCAUGAUCGAAGCCAUUACCCAGAACUACGCUGGGAACCUACACCGCGCGUGGCUGACUGUGCGCCGCGCCGUUGCCGUAGCUCAGAUGUUGGGUCUGCAUCGUGGUAAUGCUAAGCGAGCUUCUAUCAAGGUGGUGGAUCCCAAGACGCGCGAGAGCCUCGAUCCAGACCAGCUGUGCUGUCGUAUUGUGGAGAUGGAUCGCUACCUCUCGUUGACACUGGGGCUGCCGCAGUCUUCGCUGCAGACGGUCGGGCUGAGCGCUGAAGUUAUAGCAAAAUGCCAUCCGCUGGACCGCAUCGCGAGGCUGCAAUGCGUCAUUGGAGAUCGUAUCUUGGCGCGUAAAGUAGGAGAGCCGCGCGAUAUCACGGAGAAAAGGGUCCGGGAAAUUGAUGACAUGUUUAGGGAGGUGACGGAGCUGAUGCCGUCGGACUGGUGGCUUAUUCGAGACUUUGACAACAAGGACGGGGGCGAAUCGGAUCCGAUGCAUGAGGUUGUAAGGAAUAUGUAUCAGCUGUCGCACUUCUACCUCGUUAUACGCCUGCAUCUACCAGGAGUCGAUUGUCUGGCUUUCGUCGCCCUCAUGGUGCUGUGUCUGGCCCAUAUCGAUUCGCAGAACCAAUCGAUGAUUCGGCACAAAGCACUUUUCGAUCAUAGCCGUCCGAGCGAUCGCGCUUUGAUGGAGCGAACGGUCAAGGUAUUGGGGGAGAGGAGCGACGAUGCUCUCGCCACGAAGCUAUCGAGUAUCAUACAGUAUCUUCUCGACGCCGAAGCAGCAUCGGCAAAUGGGACUGGCUACAACACUUCGGCUAGUGAGACAGACGAUGGGAUGGCGACGGAAUUUGAUGGCCAGUUCAUGGACGCUGAGAAGGCGGUCUUGCAGCUUCACCUGCCGUAUUUUGGCACCAUCAGCCUACAGCGCAGGCUAGCCUCCGAUAUCCCGUUGGCUGAGGAGAUGCUGUCUAUUCAGGUCGCUGACCAGACACAGUCAUCACUCACGGAGUGGGACAAUCGGUGGUCGUUCCUUGAUUCGUCGAACGAUGUGGGGGCGCUUGAUGACUGGACACUGCAGAGCAUCAACGAAGGUCUUUUCGGGGGACUGCUUGGCGGGUUGGGAGACGUGGAUUUCGACCCUGGGCUGCCUGUAGAUAUAUAG